AUGCUGUUUUCGUUCCUUUAAUUCCAACAGUACAAUGGGCGUUAUGCAAAUUACGAUGUUUAUGAUGAAGGACAGAGUAGUGUUUCUGAAGGAGCGGACUCGGAUGAAAGAGGAGAUAGCGAAGAAGAGAUGAGAAAGUAUACGCAGAAGGGUCAAUAUGGUCCAGUUGAGGGUUUUGACGGACAAGCAGUUGGGGAAGAAUUGUACUAUUUUGGCGCUAUUCAUCUUGAUCAGUUUCGCGUUCGAUCAAUUCUACAUCACUUCCCACCUCCUAUGGCGUACCAUCGGUUACCACCCAUUGAAAAAGCAGCUUAUCUUUUUUAUGUGGCCGUAUACAAAAAGCCGUACAACGAUAUUGGCGACUUCCAUCGUAAAUUUAAUCGCGAGUAUUACAAGUACACAUGUGAAGGCGACUCCGAUAACAUUGCAUUGUGGAAGAUAUGCAAGUCAAUGCAAGAUGAGUAUCAUUCGAAAAGGUUAGAGGAGUCCCAAAAGGCAUAUGAAGCCAGUCAGCGGCAAUUAUUCAGUGACGAACGGGACAGCGUUGAUGGUAUGAGUGAAAGGGCAAGCAUGGAAGAUAAUCAUGACGACCGAACAUCGGAUAUAUUGAGUGUCGACUCUACUCAACGAGCUCCACUAAAGCAUCGAGUACCACACGCUUUCGUCACAUUUGGCCCAGGAGGCAAGAUGGUAACUGUGAUUCCGGAUUCUUCUGUAUCUGUGGUGCAGAUUGAUGACGUUAAGACGGUAGUUACUGACCCUCACACGGUUAGGCUCAUCGACAGUCCGCUCUUAGUCGGCCAAACACCAGCACACUCCGUGCGCCUUUAUAUUGAACAUCAUAUUAAACGAAUACGAAGUGGGAACCUGGCAUUUGAUAAUACUCGUUAUGACGAAGUUAUAGAUUGUUUAUUGAUAUGGCAAUCGCUUGGUGUUAUUGUGCAGCAACAAGGGCGUGUAACGGGCCCAGAUUUGGCACGCCUUUUGGUUGAAGCGAGCACUAUUUCCUCUCGAACGGUUUCGUCUGCUCAACAAAAUAAUUCACAUCGUGAAAGAAGCGCAUCGCCAGCUGAUAGCACAUCGACAGCUAAUGGAUCAGCUAAGAAUAACGUUGUUGUGGAUGCACGUGCUUAUGAGCGAUUCACUGAGCUGCUUCUCGGAGGACACAUAACGGAAGCGAUAGACAGCGCGCUUAAAAAUGGACUUUAUGCCGACGCAAUUGUAUUGGCUCGACGAUUAUUGGCUCAUGAUACCACAAAAUUGGCAGAAAUUGAGGAACGCUUUAUUGCUACUCGACCGCAGUGUAACCCAGUAGUGACGCUCUUUUCCGUGUCCAGUAAGAAGCUUGUCCCCAUUCUAAUGAAUCCAACCGGUGAUGAUUCUGAUAACUGGCGCACCCAUGCUGCUAUUAUUCUCGCUAACCUGACAUCGUCCGAAGCUAUGGAAACUGUGUAUGACCUUGGAAAAGCGUUGGCUAAACGUGAUUACAAUUGUGCAGCAGAUUUCUGUUUCUUAGCGGUUGCUGUUCUAGCUGGUGUAAAUCCGUUCAAACCAGCUUCUUCAUUAGCACGAUUUAGAAUCACUACAAUGUUGUUAUGGGUAGGGUUUGUCACCUUAGUCACUCUAUUCGUUCUUAUGACAAAUGCAACACAUGAGUUCAGAUUCUCCCUUGCUGAUUUUCAUGCUACUGAGAUUUUUGACUAUGCUAUUCGACUCUCGAAUGAUAGUGCCUAUUCACCUCUUAGAGAGUGCAUUGAAUAUCAGCAGAAGCGUCUGCAAUACGCUCAUCUCAUUGCAGAUUUCGGAGGAUUUGCAACAGAUGCGUUUAGAUAUUGUGUGGAGGUCGCACGUGAAAUAUGGAAUUACUACCACUUGUUUCCCAGUGACGUGCUAAACGAUCUAUGUGAUCUGGCUGAUAGGUUGGACGCAUGCCAUCCUUAUAUUCUCAGCUCUUUGCCUCAGAAUACAUCUUAG